GUGAAAGCUGCACAUCGAUUCGAACGCGAGUUCCGAAGCGAACGCAGCAGAAUUGAUGGCCAUGGCGUGUUCUCUUCUCUCCACGGUUACGGUCAAUUCGCCGGCCCUGGUCAUCGAAACUCCCGUUGAUUCCAGAACUUCAAACUCGAGAUCUGUAACACCGUCGGUUGCACGAUGCCUCUCUGGCAUUGAUAGAAACCUGUCGAGUAAUUGCAAUUCUGUGAGCAGAAUCGGUAGUUUUGCCGUUGGUGGAUUUCGAAGGAUUCCAAGCUCGCAAUGGAAUCCUCUGACGGUUGACGGAGGCGGCAGGAGUAGUAGAUUUGUAAUCAAGGCCGGUGCAAGCGGAGAAACAGCUUUGGCCGAGAACAAAUGGGGACCUCCUGUUCAGCUGGCGACUGGAAAAAUUCCAGAUGAUGUGGACUUGAAACUGUUCGAGAAUCUCUUGUUUCAGUGGGGUGCCAGUCUGACGCAAAAUGCGAAUCUGCCUCUUCCUGUUCCUCUGAAGGUCGACAAGAUCGAAGGUGGAGUUCGUCUGGGGUACGUGAGGGUCGUGGAUGCCAAGUGCGAAGACGUAGUGCACAUCGACGUGGUUGUGUUUCCCGCGGGUGACGAUCAACCGAAAGCCAUGUUCCGCGCUCUUCGCAACGGCCUCAUGAAAGACCAGACUCCUCCGGCCGAGCCGCUCAUCAUGCAGAGUCUUUUGCAGGCGCUGAAAACCGCCGUGGCUCGCUCAAGGUCUGUACAAUAGGUUUCUUCGAGUCUCGUUUGUAGCAUAUCGCAGUCGAAACUUCUGAUUUUUGCACAUUCUUUGUACAACUUGUAAACAUGAAGACAAAGUUUUCGUCUCUCGGCCUUCCUCUUGGCUCACCGUGGGAAAUGCUCUACUCGAGCACCAACUUCCAUACCAUGGAUACAGAAGAUGGGCAGUGGCCAGCUUGACCUUCUCUGGUCGCUCUUGUUGCUGGAAAUUUCGGUCCGAAUCCUGACAGCUCAAGCACAAGGUAACAUGUGGCCACUUUCGCGGAUUGACUGUGAAAUGGAAUCACACAUGAUUUGAUUUCAGGUGUGCACAAUUUUCCUGAAAGGCCCAGACUCCAGAAAUCCAACUUGGAAGUCCAAGUCUGGAACGCAGCAAUUAUCGGAAUAGAAUGGUACCUACUAGUUGGAUCAUGCUCUGUGCUUGUGAACACCGAACGAGCCCACUGCAAUGAGCAUUCUUGAAUAGCGGCGAGAAAGAGGCAUACACUGACAUAGAUUGCUUGUUUCUCUAUGAAAUGACAAUAGAAUCAACCCUUCACUCGCUGGGCAGUACACGAAAAAUUGGUUUCGCUGAAAGGUAUUACCUUCAGUAUAUUCUUCCUCUCCAAAGAAUGCAGUCACCGCAUCCAUUAAAUGUGAAUCAUCAGAAUUAACGGUCUGAGAGGCGUCUAGUAAUGAAAAUGGGAGGUAUUCAGGACAGCAGCUAUCAGGGCAAGGAGUAGCCCAACUCGUCCUUGACGUAAUGAGAAGCUGGCUGCAAAUGCUGUAUUUUUCAAAACUUAGGAAAAGUUGA